AUGGAUUCUCCCGGCUACAGCGAAGCACCCGAAACAGGGACAGGCGUCCAAAAACGAAAUCGCAAGCCAGUCUCCUGUACUCCCUGCAGGCAACGCAAGCUGCGAUGUGAUCAGGCAUUUCCGUUUUGUGACAGUUGUGUUCGCCGAGGAGACGUGAUGUCGUGCUCUUAUCAGCACCGCAGGGCGGGAAUUCAGAGGACUUGGCCGUCCUCGCAUAGUAGUUCUAGCAGCGUGCAAAAUCGGAUGGAUCGACUAGAACAAUUGGUUUUGUCAAUGAUCAAUCAAAAAGAAGCUUCAGAGGUGAAUUCGACGAUCAAUCUAGUUGUUCCGCAUCGAAACGUCCAAGCUCCACGAUAUGAAGGUCCUAAGGAGGAAAUCUUCCCCAGUCUAAGACCCGUUGACCCCAUGAGGAGUCGGAUGUUUCGAAUUGACGCCGACUAUGGCAGUUCUUAUACUAACGGGGAGGCCCAUUGGGUUGCCCUGUUGAAUGAGAUCCACGAGGUACGAAGUUACCUUCAGACGCAACAGAAACAAUACGAGGAGCAGUCACAGAAAAUUUCCCAGCUCUUAAAACGGACACCGGACGAUCCAGGCCCGACUCUACUUUUCGGUGCUUCUCAGUUAUUGGGUCAUGGGGAAGUUCUAGCUCACAUUCCCUCCCGAUAUACAUGCGACAUGUUUGUGGAACGUUACUUCAGGACUUUAGAUCCCGCACUUCAUAUUCUUCACCCUCCCACGUUCCAAAAACAGUAUGCGGAACACUGGGAAGAUCCUAAUGGAACAUCUGUUGUAUGGAUCGGCCUACUAUUCGCCAUGAUGCGUAUUGCGGCGCUUUCAUGGCAACGUGAUGGAGAUGAGCCAUUAGAGUAUCACGGAAAAUCACAGGAUUUGAGUAGAUCAUACCGUACACGAGUAGCAGACUGCAUAUUACUUGCCGACUACACAAAGCCACACGAAGUUUUAAUUGAAACGUUAGUUCUUCAUCUAUAUGGAGAAUAUGCAUCACAUCGGGAGGCCGAUUCCAGUACUUGGGUUCUACUUGGCACCAUCAUCCGUCUGGCUAUGCGAAUGGGGUACCAUCGGGACCCAGACCGUCUACCGUCAAUCAGUCCAUUUCAGGCGGAAAUGCGACGCCGUGUGUGGACUUUUAUUCGGCAGGCCGACAUCUUGUUUUCGUUUCAACAUGGGUUUCCUUCCAUGGUUAAGAUUGAGGCCACCGAUAGAGGUCUGCCUCGAAACAUUUACGAUGGAAGCUUCGGGCCUACUAGUAUCGAGCUGCCUGCUCCACUUCCAGAUUCAGAAGCGACUUCAAUCUCGUAUCUCAUAUGCAAAGCUCGGUUAGCCUUAGGCUUGUCUCGUGCCUUGAAAGAACUUAACCGGGAAGAUGCUCUUCCUCCAUACGAAAGAGUAUUGGAGAUUGAUCGAGGCAUUCAGGAAAUCUACGCUAAGGCACCUGACCACUUCCGACUACGAUCCAUGGCCGAGCAACAGCAUGAUCAGGUGUCUCUGAUUGUCGCUCGAUUUGCCCUUGCGAACGUUUACCACAAGGCGUUAUGUGUGGUUCACAGCCGCUUCUUGGAGGCCGCUCGCAUAGAUGCCCGAUUCUGUAACUCCCGGCGCGCCUGCCUUGAAUCCGCCAUGGCUCUACUAAGAAUGCAGGCAGUCCAACAUCAAGAAGUCAAAGCUGGUGGACAGGCAAGAUGUCUAACUAAAUACAUGACAUCUCUGACCACCCACGACUACCUACUCGCAGCUACAAUUCUCUGCACGGAGCUGUCUCUCGAUCGCGAUAGGGACCCGUCUCCUUUCACACUCACCGGUCCCUCUCGAAACGAAAUGAUUGAGUCGCUGGACCGGAGUGCAGUUAUCUGGAACCAGAUGCGUGACGAAAGUAUCGAAGCUUAUAAGGCCAGUGAUGUCCUUGGUAUGCUACUAAAGAAAUUGCGACACCCAAAUGAUAAUGUGCAGGAGGCCUUUUCUCAGCAACGUACUUACCCAACACCGGCUAUUAUGCCCCUGCCAGAAAUAGGGCCUACCAAAAACUUGACACAGAUGUACCCAGGAACUGCUAUCGACACUGGGAUGAUGGCAGCUCCUCCACCCCAGCAAUAUGUGCUAAGGGAUCGCUUGCCCACUGGGACUGCAGGAGCCGCGAUUGGCAAUGGACUCGCAUCUACAGUUGCCAGCACAGCUAUAGCGGCGCCCAUUGCUGCCACUGCCCCUCCAGUCCCAAUGUUUCCCGGGUUUGAUUUUUCCAACGUACGGCAUCCCAACAGCCAAGAUUCUUCUACAACGUGGGAACAGUUUGCUGCACCAUUGGACUUUAGCGAUCCUGUAUCAGCAUUAUGGGCACUGGACCCGAGCCGAAGGGGGACCUGA